CUUCCCGAGUAGCUGGCUGUGCGGGUCAGGGCUGCCCGAGCUGUUGGUCCUGCAGCGAGAUGUUUCAGAGCCUCGUGAGAAAUGUGUGGGUCCCCAUGAAGCCCUACUACACCCAGGUCUACCAGGAGAUCUGGGCGGGCGUGGGGCUGAUGAGCCUCAUCAUCUACAAGAUCCGCAGUGUGGAUAAAAGAGCUAAAGCUCUGAAAGGUUCAAGUCCCGUGCCUGCUCAUGGUCAUCACUAGCAGCUGAGCUGAGUUGCACAGCGGAGGAGCGUUGGCUGUA